ACAGUACAACAUCACCACCCACCGAGAGCACCAGCACCGUCACACCUUCCCCAGGGCACAGUGCAACAACAUCACCACCCACCGAGAGCACCAGCACCGUCACACCUUCCCCAGGGGACAGUGCAACAACAUCACCAUUUACUCCUGGCAGCACCACUGUGAUAACUACAAGGACUACUGUGUCUUCAUCAGUUUCUAGGGACAACACCACAUCUGUGACAAUUUCCACUGAGGCUAGCACAUCUUCAGCCACCUACAGUGAUUUCACCCGCUCCGUGACAACUUCUACAGAAACUUCUGCAGAGUCGACCUCUCUGAGUGUCACCACCACACCUGUGUCCACCCUGAGUCCCAGCACGCAGAGCACUGCCUCCCAAACAGCACCCCCUGUCUCCACCAGCAAGACUACGUCCACACAGAGCACCCCCACCUCAACUUCCAGUGCCUCACCAUCUACACCAAUGAUCUGUUUCAAUGGUGGGAAGUGGAAUGGAAAGGCCUGUGAGUGUCCCAGUGGCUUCGCGGGGGAUCAGUGCCAGCAGGUGGUGGGCACGUGCUGGAACGGAGGUGUCUGGGAUGGGAUCAAGUGCCUGUGCCCCGAACUCUACCAGGGGCCGAAGUGUGAGGAGGUCGUCCCAAGCAUAGAGCUGCCGGAUACCGUCUCCGCCCAGGUGGAACUGACAGUAACGGUGACCAGCGUGAAUUUCUCCGAGGAGCUGGAAGACCCAGUUUCUGAGAAGUACCAGAAUUUCGCAAAGGAAUUCACAAGACAGAUGGACUUGGUUUAUUCUGGAAUCCCUGAAUACGAAGGGGUCAACAUCACAAGGCUAUCGCGUGGUAGUGUGGUGGUGGACCAUGAAGUCCUCCUGAAGGCCAAGUACACCCCGCAAUACAACGAAGUCUUCAAGAACGUCAGCCAGAAAGUGGAGCAAAAAAUCAUAAAUGUAACCACACAGCAAAUAAGUGUAAAUAAUGUCUGUAAAUCCAUACUGUGUUUCAACACAAGUGCCACCAAGGUGCAAAAUGUAACAGUUCCCGAGUUUAAGCCUGAAGAGGAAUGCCGGCGGAAAGUUGGGCAAGACCUGGCCCACCACUUCUUUGUGGAGUAUGUGGAUGGGAAACUACACUGCAUCACGCGCUGCAUGUCUGGCUUCAACAACUCACUGAACUGUCUCAAUGGGAAGUGCCAGCUGAGGGAGGGUGGCGCUCGCUGCUACUGCCUGACCACAGACACUGAAUGGUACAGUGGGGAAACCUGUGAGUCCAGCACUAAGAAGAGUCUGGUGUACGGGCUCGUGGGGGCAGCCUGCUCACUGGUGCUGAUCAUCUUCACAGCCCUCUUGGUGUUCCUGUUCCGCUCCAGGAGAGAGGCGGAAAGGCAAAAAUCUAAAGUGACUCAAUUGUACAAGUGGCAUGAAGAGGAUGGUGGGUCAGCCCCUGGAACUUUCCAAAAUGUUGGCUUUGACAUCUGUGAAGAACAAGACGAUGCCCUCCAACUGGACUCCAUCUAUAGUAACUUCCAGCCUUCCUUGGACCACAUAGACUCUGAAACAAAGAUCAAAAUUCAGAGGCCCCAAGUGAUGAUGACAUCAAUUUAAGGCAAAGGCAGUUUUUUAUGGAGCUGUCGGGCUAUGAGUGAGGAGACCUCAGUUUCGCUAAGCUUGGUGGAACAUUCCGCAUUGAGAGCAUUCCACAGGAACCUGAGGACAAACAACACCGUACUUACCAAGAAGGAAAAGAAGAGAGACCACAGCACUGGGAAACUUAAAUAGAAACACCAUGGAAGCUCUAAUGGGCUUGUCAUGAUCUCAGGCAAGGCCCUCCUGCUCCUUUCUGGGAAGUUCUUCCUCCCACUUGUCCUUCAGCACCAAGGACAGCACCCAAAUGAGUUUGUUUACUGGGUGAUUGUUUCAACAUUGGACUGAACUUUAUGUAAAAUGCUGAUUUAAGCAUUCUCAUGAAAAACAUGUUUUUAAACACAUAGCUUUUCUCUUUGAGUAUAUAGGACUGUGAGUAUUUUUAAGGUUCUAAUUAUCUACAGGUUUAGAUUUUUGUUAUUCAAUAUAGUUGUAUAUAUUUGUAAUAAGUUGCAAUUUCAUUAAAUUUGUCAUGAUUUCCA